AUGGCAACGACGGCGGAGAAAGAUGCGACAGCGGUAGAAAUAAACAUCGAAACCUCCGAUGUGCCCGAUGUCGGACGAGCCACCCCAAGACAGACGCUGUCCGCUGGAUCACCCGCCAACGGACGCAACGGUGGCAACAAUCGAAGCCGGUCGAACAGCCGAUCACCAUCUCGUAGGGCAAAGCGUGAUACAGAGAAGGCGCGCACCGAUGCGAUUCCGUUACUGCCCGUUCCCAACGAGUCGAAUCUGCCACGACAGGAACCACCGAUCGCCGGACCAGAGUUCGAUGACGAGGAUUCACUGGACAAUGGCAUUGAUUUGGAUGAUCCCAAAAGCAACCGGGGUAUUGAUAGUGGAUUUUUGGAUCCCAUCGAUGAUGGGUCGGUGGACACCACGGGUGUUACACGCCCGGGACGUCGUGGAGGUCGUCGCAAUCAAACACCGUCUGUUCCAGUCUAUCGACCUGGUUUUGCCCCGGGUUUUAAUGCUGAUGGAACACGUAAUGUUGAGACAACCGAGAGUGGACAGGUCAUUCCGGACGUCAAUGUGUACCAGCAGAAGAAGAACCUUGCCCAGGGUAUGAUGGAUCUGGCCCUGCUGUCCGCCAACGCGAACCAACUGCGUUACGUGCUCGAGUCGUACAAACGUCAUCCGUACUUCUACGUCAAUCUCAUCUUCAUCUCGACCAGCAUUAUCGCACAGGUAGCGGUCGGCAUCGGGUUGAUCUGGAAGAGCCGGUAUAACAUCAAGAACGAGAACGAUUUUUGCAAGGCAGAUCGGAUUAACAACCUCAUCACGAUCGGCAUCUUCAUCAUAACGCUCGUUAACGUGCUGAUAUCGGCGUUUGGUGUUGCAGAACCGCAACCAGUUGUGUGA